CCGGAAACGAGCGGGUGGAGACCGCGGGCGGUUUGAAUCCGUGGUCUUAAAGUUGCGCAGGGCGGUUGUGUGGGGCGGAGAGGAGAGGCCCGCGAGUGCGCAGUCGGAACAGUUUACUUACACAUGUUUGAAAAAUAAAGAAAGCACACAAUGAGCUGGGCAUUGGAAGAAUGGAAGGAAGGCCUCCCUAUGAGAGCUUUACAGAAAAUUCAAGAGCUUGAAGGACAGUUGGAUAAACUGAAGAAAGAAAAGCAGCAGCGGCAGUUUCAGCUUGACUCUCUGGAGGCUGCAUUGCAGAAGCAAAAACAGAAGGUUGAAAAUGAAAAAAUAGAGGGUACAAGCUUGAAAAGAGAGAAUCAAAGAUUAAUGGAAAUAUGUGAAAAUUUGGAAAAAGUGAAGCAGAAGAUUUCUCAUGAACUUCAAGUUAAGGAGUCGCAAGUAAAUUUCCAAGAAGGACAGCUGAACUCGGGCAAAAAACAAAUAGAAAAACUGGAACAGGAACUUAAGCGGUAUAAAUCUGAACUUGAAAGAAGCCAGCAGGCUGCACAAUCUGUAGAUGUCUCUCUGAAUCCAUGCAGUACUCCACAAAAGCUUCCUACAACUCCACUUACACCAAGUCAAUACUGUCCUGGUUCCAAGUAUGAAGAUCUAAAAGAAAAAUAUACUAAGGAAGUUGAAGAACGAAAAAGAUUAGAGGCAGAGGUUAAAACUUUGAAGGCUAAAAAAAUAAGUCAGGCUGAUCGGCAGGCUACCAUAAACCAUCGAGACAUUGCGCGACAUCAAGCUUCUUCGUCUGUGUUCUCUUGGCAAGAAGAAAAGACACCAAGUUGCUUUUUAUCUAGUUCUCAGAAAACUCCGGUUAGAAGAGAUGCAUCUACAUCUCACUUUUCUGGGGAAGAAGUGGUAACUCCUAAGAUGCCAGUUCUACCAGUAGGGAAGAGUGAUCACAGUAGCAGUUUCUGUGAUAAUUCAGGUAGUUCCCAUGUUCUGGAUCAAUUCAAGGCUCAGAAUCAAGAACUAAAAAGCAAGAUCAGUGAAUUGGAACUACAUCUGCAAGGACAAGAAAAGGAAAUGAAAAGCCAAGUGAAUAAAUUUCAAGAGCUACAAUUGCAACUGGAGAAAACAAAAGUGGAAUUAAUUGAAAAAGAGAAAGUUUUGAACAAAAGUAGGGAUGAACUAGUGAGAACCACAGCACAGUAUGACCAGGAAGCAGCCAAGUGCAUGGCUUUGGAACAAAAGCUGAAAAAGUUGAGUGAGGAUUUGAGUUGUCAGCGACAAAAUGCUGAAAGUGCCAGAUGUUCUCUGGAACAGAAAAUCAAGGAAAAAGAAAAGGAGCUUCAAGAGGAGCUGUCCCGCCAGCAUCAUUCUUUCCAGGCUCUGGACCAAGAGUACACUCAGGUGAAAGUGAGACUUACCCAGGAAUUACAACAAGCCAAGAAUACACUCAGUGUACUCCAGGUGGAACUGGAUAAAAUCACAUCAGUAAAGCAACAGUUAGAAAAGAAUUUUGAAGAGUUUAAGCAAAAGUUCAGCAGAAAUGAACAAGCCCUUCAUGCAAGUCAGAUCAUGGAGAAUGAGCUGAGGAGAAGCAUAGAGGAAGUGAAGAAGGAAAACAGUCUCCUUAGGAGUCACUCUGAAGAAAGAGCCAAAGAGGUCUGCCGCCUGGAGGAAGAACUCGGGAAAGCCAAACUGUGUCUCAGUCAGAGCCAGGAGUUCGCAGAAGAAAUGAGAGCUAAGAACACUUCUCAGGAAACCAUGUUAAGAGAUCUUAAGGAAAAAAUAAACCAGCAAGAAAACUCCUUGACUUUAGAGAAACUAAGACUUGCUUUGGUGGAUUUGGAACAGCAGCGAGAUUGUUCUCAAGACCUUUUGAAGAAAAGGGAACAUCAUAUUGAACAACUGAAUGAUAAAUUGAGCAAGAUAGAGAAGGAGUGCAAAGCUUUACUGGAUACUUUGGAGCUAAACAAGAAAGAAUAUGAAGACAUGAAAGAAGAGAAAAAUGAAAAGGAAAAACUUAUCAAUCAAGUAGAAUCUGAAAAGGAAAUAUUACAGAGUAAAAUUAAUCAUUUAGAAACCUGCCUCAAGACACAACAGAUAAAAUGUCAUGAGUACAAUGAGAGAGUAAGGACACUAGAGAUGGAAAGAGAAAACCUAAAUGUAGAGAUUAGAAACCUUCACAAUGUGAUAGACAGCAAGUUGGUAGAGGUGGAGACACAGAAACAGGCUUACCUGGAACUGCAGCAGAAAGCAGAAUUUUCAGAUCAGAAACAUCAGAAGGAAAUAGAAAAUAUGUGUGUGAAAACAUCUCAGCUGACUGGGCAAAUUGAAGGUUUAGAACAGAAACUUCAGUUAAUGUCAAGUGAAAUAAUAGCCAAAGACCAGCUGUACCAAGAGUUGCAUGCUGACUAUGAGAACCUGCAGGAUCUGCUCAGAUUCAGAGAUGCUUCUCUUGUGACAAAUGAGGACCAUCAGAAAAAGUCUUUGGCUUUUGAACAGUGGCCUGCAAUGAACAAUUCCUUCUCAAACACCAUAGCAGAACAAGGAAGUAUUUCCUUAGAGAGGAAUGAAUGCCAUGUAGAUGCAUACCAAAGUCCAAAUAAUUCAGCCAUCUCACAACACAGAGAAGCUUCAUCUGAAUUUUCCUUGGAAUCUGAAAAGCAGAUUAACUCUGGUCUGCAAAAGCUAGGUGAACAGUUGGUACAGAUUAGAGAAGAAAACUUCCUGAAGGCAGAACAAAUUCAUCAAAGCUUUGUGUCUGAAACCAGCCCGAACAUUAGUAAAUUGCAAGAAGAGUCUCCUGUUCAUCAGAAUGUUGUUGCUGAAACUUUAAUUUCCCUAGAGAACAAGGAAAAGGAGUUGGAAUUUUUGAAAGAAAAGUUGCAAGCUAAGCAAACAGAGAUUCAAGAAUUAAAAAAGAAUAGUUAUCUGCUUGAAGACACUUUGAAGGAGCUACAAUUUCUGACUGAAACUCUGGGUGCUGAGAAGAAGGAAAUGAGCUCAAUCAUCUCCCUAAGCAAAAAGGAAAUUGAAGAGCUGACCCAAGAGAAUGGGGUGCUCAGAGAAAUUAAUGAAACCUUAAAGCAGGAGAAAAUGAAUUUACUCCAAAAAAAUGAGGAACUUUCAAACUGUGUAGAGGAACAAGAAAAAAGCAUUUCACAGCUAUCUGAUCAGUACAAGCAGGAAAGAUUUGUUUUAUUCCAACAGUGUGAAGAAACCAGGAGUGCUUUGGAAGCUCUUAGCGAACAGUACAAAGCAGCAGAGGAGAAGAGCACUGCGUUGGAGUGCGUGCUCAGUGAGCGCACCAGUGUCUGCGAAAGUAGGACAGCUGAGCUGGAGCAACUAAAAGAAGUGUUUGCACAGGAGCAGCAAGAAUCUUCAACAAAAUUAGCUUCUUCCAAAGAGCAAAAUGAGAAACUAGCCCUAGAGUUGGAGUUAGUGCAACACACCCUGAGAUCUGAGAUUACAGACAUGAAAAACACUUCUAAGAGUGAAGUUGAAAGCUUGAAGCAAGAAAUUAGGACUUUAAAGGAAGAAAAAAUUGCAAUGCAAAAAGAAGUUAAUGACUUCUUACAAGAGAAUGAACGACUAAUAGAGUUAACAAAGAGUAAACAGAAAUAUCUAGAAUUAGAUCCAGAUAGGGAUUCUAUGAAAGAACCAGAAAAUGAGAUAGAGAAGUGUAUUUACCAGCAUCAGAUGGAUCUUGAUAUUAAAGAUACUUCUCCACACAGGUACAAGGCACACUUGGUACAACUAGAAGCUUUGAUAAGGUUUAUGGAAUUAAAGCUUGAAGAAAGUGAGAAGGAGAAAGAAAGCCUGCAGCAGAAAUUACAGACAGACAAAGGAGAGUUAGGAACUAGCAAUUUACAGGACAGUCAGUCACAGGAAAACAGUGACCUAAAAGACUGUGAAAUAGAUGUGGCUGAACAGUAUAUUUCAGUGCUUCAUGAGUUGUCAUCAAGUCAGAAGGACAAUGUGCAGCUGCACUGCUCUCUACAGACAGCUAUGAAUAAGCUGAAUGAGUUAGAGAAAAUGUGUGAAGUACUGAAGGUGGAAAAACUGGAGCUGGAGUCUGAGCUAAAUGACUCCCGGUCAGAGUGUAUCACAGCAACUAGUAAAAUGGCAGAAGAGGUGGAGAAACUAGUAAAGGAAAUGAAAGUACUAAAUGAUGAAAAUGGUGUUUUGCAAAGUGAGUUAGUGAAAGAAAUGUCAGAUGGUAAGUUUGGUGGACAACAGAAUAAGCAACAAAAUGACGACGCAUCUGUGUCCUUGAAUCCUUUGGACAAUAGCAGUUUCAGUGAGCAAAUGAAUUUGUCAAACAAAGAAGUUGAAAUGCAGUUUGCUCAAUUACAAGAGAGAUUCUCAUGCUUACAAAGUGAGCACAAAAUUCUACACGAUCAGUACUGUCAAGUGAGCUCUAAGAUGUCGGAGCUGCGUUCUUACGUUGACACCUUAAAGGCUGAAAAUUCAGCCUUGUCAGUGAGUCUGAGAAACUUGGAGGGUGACUUGGUAAAGGAGAGGAAGCACGGACCUGAGGAGGAGCAUCUGUCACUGUCAUUCUCCUGUGUGACAGACAGCCCUAGUCUGACAAAUUACAGAGAAUCUUUUUGCAAAGAUGUUUCAGAUCACACAGGAGACAUCUCUCUUUUGAGUAAUUUAGAAGGGAAUGUUUCAGCAAACCCUUGUAAUGUAGAUGAAGUGUCUUAUAGCAGUCUGGAGGAGGAAAAUCUGACUGAGAAAGAAAUGCCAUCUGCUUCUGUGAGGACUGUCGAGGAACUUGAGAUCCUCUGUCAGGUGUACUUGCAGUCCCUCGAGAGUCUGAGAGAGAAAAUUGAGAGUCAAGAGAUUAUGAAAAAUAAGGAGAUUCAAGAGCUUGAACAGUUAUUAAGUUCUGAAAGAAUUGAGCUUGACUGCCUUAGGAAACAGUAUUUGUCAGAAAAUGAACAGUGGCAACAGAAGCUGACAAGUGUGACUUUGGAGAUGGAGUCCAAAUUGGAGGCAGAAAAGAAGCAGACGAAACACUUGUCCCUCGAGCUUGAAGUAGCGCGACUCCAGCUGCAAGGGCUGGAUUUAAGUUCUCGGUCUUUGCUUGGCACCGACAUGGAAGAUGCUAUUCUGUGCCAGAAGGAUAGCUGCGACACUAAAGAUCCAGCAGUAUGCAUUUCAGAUGUGCCAGGGAAAACACACGCGCAGGGCACUGAUCAGAUCUGUGGUGAGGAUGUUCAGCAGAACCUUGGUCUAGAGACUGGAAUUAUCAAGCUGGAGAGAGGCAGGUUCACCAGAGAGAGGUGCAGUGAGCAAUCCGUAGAGAGCAACUGUGAGACACCUGUAGAAGACAAAACCCAGGACUGUUCUGAUUUGUUCUCUGUUCCUAAUCCUAUGGAGGUUCUGGAUAAUCAGGUUCAGAGUCUCCAACUGCAAGAAGAGGCAUCAGGUGAGAAUUUGAAGCUACUUCAAGCAAUAGAGGACUGGGACAAAAAAAUUGAAAGUUUGCUAAAUGAAAUAAAAGAGGUAGAUUCAAAACUUAGUGUACGGGAAAUACAGCUAAAGACCAAGAUUGAAACAUUCAUUCAACUGGAGAAAAUAGUUAAGGAACUCAAGAAGGACAAAUCUGAUUUCAGUGAAAAAUUGGAGUCCUUUUCUUGUAACCAGGAGUUAGGCCAAAUAGAAAGUUCAGAAGGCCUCUGUUCUAAGUUAGAAAUGGGAGCAGAUGAAUCACUGAAUGAAGUUGUUGAAGGUACUAUAGCCAAUAUGGAAAACAACUGGAAAGAGAGGUUUCUUGAAGUGGAGAACGAGCUGACCAGGGUCAAAUCCGAGAAAGCUAGACUUGAGCAAUGCUCUUUCUCUCUGGAAGCUGACUUAGAGGUGGUGCAAGCAGAGAAGUUGUGUUUAGAAAAAGACAAUGAAAAUAAGCAGGAGAUUAUUGUACAUCUUGAAGAAGAGCUGUCUGUGGUCUCAGGUGAGAGAAACAGGCUUCAUGGAGAGUUAGAUACUGUGUCAGAAGAAAACAAAGCACUGGGUCAGAUGUCUGAAAAGAUGAAGGAGAAAAUACAAGAGCUGGAAUCUCACCAAAGGGAGAGUGUUUAUCACAUUGAGAUGGUGGAGGCUGAGGUCAAGGACAAAACAGAACUCAUUCAGACUCUGUCCUCUGAAGUGAGCGAGCUGACAAGAGAGAGAACUCAUCUCCAGGAGCAACUUCAGGCUUUGCAGAAGGACACACAGGCUUUAUCUUUGGCAGUGGGUGAGCUGGAAAGCCAAAUUGGACAACUGAAUAAAGAAAAGGAAUCACUGGCCAGAGAGUCCAAAAACCUACAGGAUAAAUUGAGUGAGUCAGAACACGAAAAGCUGAGCAUCUCCAAAGCCUUGGAGGUUGCAUUGAUGGAGAAAGGUGAGUUUGCAGGGAGGCUGGGCUCAACCCAGGAAGAGGUGCACCAACUGAGAAAAGGCAUCGAGAAACUAAGUGUCCGCAUUGAGGCUGAUGAAAAGAAGCAGCUCCUCGUUGUAGAGAAGCUGAAAGAAAGCCAGCGAGAAAAUGACUCGCUGAGGGACAAGGUUGAGAACCUGGAAAGGGAAUUGCAGAUGUCAGAAGAAAACCAAGAGCUGGUGAUUCUUGAUGCGGAGAAUUCCAAAGCAGAAGUGGAGACUCUGAAAGCCCAAGUAGAUGAGAUGGCUGAAAGUCGAAGAGCUUUUGAAUUAGACCUUGUUGCAGUUAGGUCUGACAAAGCUGAUCUCACACGGCAGUUGCAGGAGCAGCAGGGAAAAGUAUCAGAACUGGAUGCGUUGGUCACUUCAUUGAGAAGUCUGCUGGAGGACAAGGACCGGGCCAGAGCGCAGAUGGAGGAAGAAGCUAAAGCAGCUGUACAGACACUUCAUACACAGCUUCAAGAGCUCAGUGAGGAAGUAGCCGCUCUGUGGAGAGAUGACAGCACCUGCGAGGAUCCAGGUGCAGACCUGUCAGGGGAGGCUGUGUGCCAGCUGAGAUGUAGCAUUGAAAAGCUGAAAGUCCACAUACAAGCCAAUGGGAAGAAGCAGCUACGGAUCGUAGAACAACUGAAGGACAGUCAGCAUCGUGCAGAUUUGCUUAAAGAUAGAAUUGAGAAACUGGAACGAGAACUGGAGCUAUCACAGAAAAACCAAGAGCUUAUGGUUCUUGAGGCUGAGAAUUCCAAAACAGAGGUUGAGACUCUGAAAGCAGAAAUACAAGGGAUGGCCCAAAACCUGCGAGACUUGGAGUUAGAAUUUAUUAAUACCAGGUCUGAAAAUGAAAAUCUCACAAAAAAAUUACAAAAAGAGCACGAACGAGUAUCUGAAUUAGAAGUAAGAAGUUCUUCAGUUGAAAACUUACUCCAAGAAAAAGAGCAAGAAAAAGUACAGAUAAAAAAAGAAUCUGAAGUUGCAGUGGAGAUGCUCCAAACCCAAUUAAAAGAACUUAAUGAGAGAAUGGUCACCUUGUGUAAUGACCAAGAGACCCAUAAAACCACAGAGCAGAAUCUGAAUAGUCAAGUAUGUUCUCUUGAGCUUGAGAAGGCUCAACUGCUGCAAGACCUUGAUGAGGCUAAGAGUAAUUACCAUAAUUUGCAGUCUUCUAUGGAAGGCCUCAUUCAGGAAGUAGAAGAUAGCAAACAGAAACUGGAGAAGACGACUGAAAAGUUCUGCAGGUUAGAAGGCCAGCUUAAAGACCAGAAGCAGCUCAUCUCUCAGCUUGCCCAGCUGGAAGGAGAACAGCAACUUUGGCAGAAAGAGAAACUAGAACUGAGAAAUCUGACCAAAGAACUGGAGCAGAAGGUCCAAGUGCUACAAUUCAAAAAUGGCACUUUACAGGGUGCCUUUGAGGAGCUGCAGAAGUCUUGCAACGAUCUAGAGAGUGAGCUUGAAUUGAUGAGAAUGGAGAAGACGUCCCUUGUUGAAAGAGUGAACACAAUGGUUACAGAGGAAGCCAAGCUACAGAAGGAAAUGGAAGAGAUGGUGCAGAAAACAACAGAGCUGAAAGAAGAAUUCAUUACAGAGAAGAAUAGGCUAACUGAAGAAUCACAAGUGUUGGUAGAAGAACUGAAGAGUGCCAAAAGAGACCAUUUUAAAUAUGUAAAUCAGCUAGAGAAACAGUUUGAACGUGCUCAAGGGAAAAUAAAGUUGUUGCUCAAAUCCUGUAAACAGAUGGAAGGAGAAAAUAAAAUGUUGCAGAAAGAGAUCUCCCAACUUGAAGCUGCUCAGAAGCAGAAAUCAGAUUCUCUUGUGGAUAAUAAUGUGGACAAAUUAAUGACUGAGAUCAAAGAGCUGAAAGAAACUCUUGAAGAAAAAACCAAGGAAGCAGAUGAAUACUUGGAUAAGUACUGCUCACUGCUUAUCAGCCAUGACAAGUUAGAGAAAGCCAAAGAGAUGCUAGAAACACAAGUUACUCAUCUGCAUUCACAGCAGUCUAAACGUGAUCUCCAGAGUCCAUUGCUAAACUCAGCUGCUCCAGGACCAUUUACAACUCCUUCUGUUGGUGAGAAGUUAUCCUCUGGACGAAAUAAAGCUUCAGGCAAGAGGCAGAGGUCCACGGGGAUGUGGGAGAAAGGUGGGGCGCCAACACCUCCCACACCAGAGACCUUUUCUAAAAAAAGUAGGAAAGCAAUCAAAACUGCAGUUCUUUGUGCUGAUAAUGAAGAAGACAUUGAGUUUGAGCCAGAGGGACUCCCAGAAGUUGUAAAGAAAGGUUUUGCUGACAUCCCAACAGGGAAAACAAGCCCGUAUGUCUUGCGGAGAACAACCAUGGCAACCAGGACUAGCCCCCGCCUUGCUGCACAGAAGAUUGUCCAGUCCUCCCUAACUCAGGGCAAAGAAAAUGUUGCAGAGUCCUCAAAACCAACAGCUGGUGGCAGCAGAUCACACAAGAUGUGUAUGUUGCAGGCCAAAGCUGCUCAGCCAAGCCCAGCGGACUCAGGCAUUGUCUUCCCAGAACUGCCAGUGAAGUCUCUCACGACCAAUAAUGUUCCUGACAGAAGCUCUGCGGAGAGCCCUAGGGAGGGCCUGAGAACCAAGCGGGAAUGCCUCACUGCCCCCUCGCCAGACACCAGACCUGACGCCAAGAGCAGUGAAAACUGCCGGGUCCAGUGAGGAGCUUAGAAGGUGGUGGUAGUCAAAAGAUGACAUUCUGCUAGUGGGGACUUUGCUUUAUCAGCAAGCACUGGAUCAAAUGAGGAAAAACUAACUCCUUCUAUUCUGUCAUUUAUAGGUCUCCCAUGUGUGGACCUUGGAAAAGUUUGAAAGCACUGAUGUCCUAGUUGUCCUUUAUCAUUAAUCUCUACUUUAGAGUAGAUGGUACUUGAUAGAAAUGCGUAAGAAUGUGGGACAGGUAAUUAAUUAGCUUUUACGUGCAAAAAAAAAAUGAAAACUUGUUAUGCAUGAAAUAAGUUUAGAUCACAAGUAUGCACUGAAUAAAAUGAAGAGAACUAUGUUACAUGUUUCUAAGGAAAGUCUGUAUAUGUAGGUAUGUUUAUCUUUUUCUUCUAGUGUUUUAUAAAUUGUUGUUUCUGUAUAUAUGUGUGUGUAUAUAUAUAUAUGUGGGGGGCUAGUGAGAGGAGUGUAUUUAUUUCUAGUUAGUUUGCAUGUGGUCUUCUUAGAGGUGGCAUAGAUCAUGUUCACUGUCAUUGUGAUAUUUUUUUUCCUUUAAGACCAGUACAGUUUGAUAUAUCUGGUGAUGUAUUAAAAUACAUUCUAAUAAAAAUUAUCUUUUUGCAAAA